AUGAAAAGUCCAACAACACUGAAGGAAGUCCAACGACUAACAGGACGCCUCGCGGCUUUAUCAAGAUUCCUACCCUGUUUGGCAGUAAAAUCUUAUCAUUUUUUCCAAUGUUUAAAGAAGAACCCAAAACAUUUUCAAUGGACAGAAAACUGUGAAGCUGCAUUCCAAAAUUUAAAACAAUUUCUUUCAAAACCUCCUGUUUUACAAAAACCAAAACCCAAUGAACCAUUGUCUAUAUACUUGUCUAUUACUGAUGUGGCAAUUAGUUCGGUUCUUUUAACAGAUACAGAGAAGGGUCAGCAGCCGAUCUAUUUUGUGAGUAAGUCCCUACAAGGUGCCGAGCUUCGUUACCCAAAGUUGGAAAAGCUCGCAUUGGCCCUAGUCUUCUCUUCAAGACGACUCCGACCUUACUUCCAGGGACACACCAUUAUCGUCAGAACUGAACAACCUCUUCGGCAGAUCCUUUCAAAGCCAGAAUUAGCAGGCCGGCUUAUCAAAUGGGCCAUUGAGCUUUCAGAAUUUGAUAUUCAAUACCAGCCAAGAGGAUCCGUCAGAUCUCAAUAUCUAGCUGAUUUUGUAGCCGAACUUACCCAACCGUUGCAAGAAGAAAAGAACUCGGGCUGGAACUUGUUUGUUGAUGGAGCAUCAAACCCCCAAGGGUCAGGAGCGGGAAUACUAUUAGAGGGUCCUGAAGGUAUCAACCUCGAACAUUCUCUUCGGUUCUCCUUCAAAGCAAGCAAUAACCAGGCCGAGUACGAGGCCCUAAUCGCCGGGCUCAGGCGGGGAUUUUCCCGACCACUUCUGAAAUGCUUAGACAGGAAAGAAGCCGAUAUUGCGUUGGCCGAGGCUCAUGAAGGAAUAUGUGGGAUACAUUCGGGGGCAAGAAGCCUGGCACAGAAAAUACUGCGAGCCGGUUUUUACUGGCUGACCAUAUGGAAAGAUAGCAAGGAAAAAGUCCAAACUUGUGAUAAAUGUCAAAAGCAUGCACCAUCAAUCAACAUUCCGGCCGAACAACUUCAUCAGUCACAAAUGGAUCGAAGCAGAGCCAUUGGCAAGAAUAACAUCCUCCCAAAUGAUAUCUUUCGUUUGGAAAACCUAAAGAUAAGACAACACUUCUCAUCCGUGGAGCACCCACAAUCUAAUGGCUUGGCUGAGGCUGCCAACAAAGUUCUCUUGCACGCCCUCAGGAAAAAGCUCGACGAAGCAAAGGGACUGUGGGCCGAGCUGAUUCCAGAAAUACUAUGGUCAUACAACACAACGGCACAAACGUCAACUAAGGAGACACCAUUCCGCUUGGUAUAUGGGUCAGAAGCAAUGAUUCCUUUGGAAAUCUCACAACAAUCUUUGAGAACACAAGUAGAGAAUCAUGAUCAAGCCCGUCAAGCCGAAUUAGACUUAGCAGAAGAAGUUCGAAGUACAGCAGCCCUCCAGCACCGAGCUUUACAGCUACAACUGGGCCGAAGAUAUGCAAAAAAGGUGCUACCAAGAACAUUCAACAUCGGCGAUUUGGUGUUAAGGAAAACUGAAGACGCUCGCCGACCAUCGGCCCAUGGAAAGUUAGCAGCGACAUGGGACGGCCCCUAUCGAAUAGUAGAAAUCCUCGGAAGAGGAGCUUACAGGCUAGAGCAGCUGGACGGCACUAAGAUACCAAAUACAUGGAAUGUCAGUUCUUUAAAGCAAUACUUCAGCUAG